AUGGAUUUCGACGAUCGGCCAAAACUGUCCGUGGAAGCGGAGAAGGAAGUGACCAGACUAUGGAGGACGUGGCGGACGGUCCUCGAGAUGCUGGUGGACAGGGGAUACGCGAUCGCGCAGAACGAACUCACCAUCACUCGAGACGACUUCCAGAGGAAGUUUGGAGAUCCUCAGACUGGCCAUGCGGAGAGGCGACUCAUGAAACUACAAGCCGUGCCUACGGAAGAGAUGAUCAAGCGCGACACUCCCCGGCCGACCAAGUCCAAUCCAACUCCGCAAACCACGGCGGGCACUAUCUGGGUUGAGUUCAGCCCGGAAACCACAAUCGGGAUCAAACACUUGCGAGCGUUUGCACAACAUCUCGAUGCAAACAAGUUCACCACCGGCAUCUUCAUUACCAUCGGGCCCGUUACUGCCGCUGCCCUUCGCGCCUUCGAGCCCCUGACCGAGCGAGGCAUCUCUGCAGAAUGGUUCCAGGAGCAGGAUCUCCUCGUCAACAUUACAAGACACGAGUUGGUUCCCAAACACGUCCUCCUUAGUGCGGAAGAGAAGAAGGUCUUGCUAGACAGAUACCGAUUGAAAGAAACCCAGCUUCCGCGCAUCCAGUUCAAUGAUCCUGUCGCCAAGUAUCUGGGACUGAAGAGAGGAAACGUGGUCAAGAUCAUUCGAAAGAGUGAGACUGCCGGUCGGUAUGCCAGUUAUCGAUGGGUCUUUUGA